AUGCGCCGCUUGCACACCUGCACUGCAAAGUACGGCACCCCACCGCUGGUGUCGUCGACCGGCGGUCUCGUCGACACCGUGAAGGAGGGGAUCACGGGCUUCCACAUGGGUCACAUGGACCUGGACGAGCUGACUCAGGGUGACGUGGACGCGGUCGCCGCCACGGUGGUGCGCGCCGCGGCGGCCCACAAGAGCGGCCAGUGGGAGGCCAUGGUUCACGCCGCCAUCAACCAGGACCUGUCCUGGGCCAAGCCCGCCAAGAAGUGGGAGGCCGUGCUGGAGGAGCUGAAGUUUGGCUGCCCCAGGGCGCCCGCAAAGAAGGCCGAGGUGGCCACCCCUGUGCAAGAACCCGCACCCAAGAGGGCGGCCGCCACCGCUCGCCGCUGA